CGACCAUGGCACAGUUCUUCGUGGUGGUCUCCGGGCAGGUCGAGUCCGCACUGUUUGAGGACUACGACCGGCUGUUUGCCAAAGUCAACUUUGUACACAAUGGCGAGGGCGUGGAGGACUGGACGGUGGUGGACGGGGCCGAGGCCGGGCUGACGCAGGUGGCGCGGAAGAGCGUCGACGGCGGCUCGCCGGUCUUUGUCUUCAACUAUCCCAUCGAGGUGGCGUACGCGUCAACCAACGUGUCAGGCUGGCCGCGGCUGCUGGUCUCGAUGUUUUCGAUCAACGGGCUGGGCAACCACACGCUGGCGGGCUACGGGUUUGUGCACGUGCCCACGGCGCCAGGGCGGUACACCCGCUACGUGCGGACCUUCCGCCCACGCUCCUCCUCGCUCUGGCAGCGGAUCAACGCAUGGCUCUUUGGCGAUCCGCCCGAGUUUCUCAACUUGCCCAAGGUGCUGGGCGAUGGCAAGGGCCGCGAGGUCGCCCGCGUUGUCUCGUCGGGCGUCGUCAAGGUCACCUUUAACGUCUCCACCAAGGGCCUCUCGGCCGCAGGCUACUCCGAGUCGGCCUCGUCGGUUGCCGCCGCCGCCAGCUCUACGGCUUGAAGGCACCCCGUGCUCCGCGAUGAAGAGAAUGUGUUUGCUUGCUUGGUGGGAGCAAAAUGGGAAAGGGAAGGAGAGGGAAAGGGACCGGUUGGAUGAUGUUGGUGUAGGUGUUGAUUGAUUGAAGUUGAGGUUGAAAAACGAAAGGAACGGAGCCGAAAACAAAAGGAAUCAAAAUGGCGCAGGAGCAUCGACAAGUGCGGCACAAGAGGCCCCACAGCAGAGGAUGCUCUAGAGCUGAGGCACGUCGUCCGAGGAGCCCGAGGAGCCCGACG